CAUUUCACUUCAAGAACAGUCUCUAAAAGUUGAACGCCUGCUGCUUUACUGAUAAAUUGGAAUUAUCAAGCGAGGUGUCUGAUAAGCACGGAUAAAGGCGUUUAAAAGAUGGCUGCUGAGCCUGGGCGAGUGCUGAAACCCUGCAAUGGUGCUGGGGGUCCUCAUAUCACAUCAGCAGUAAAACCGAGGGUGGCUGGACUACCAGUCAAAGAGAGAACCUCAACCCAGUCGGCUGAGCCUGGGCGUGUGCUGAAGACUUCUGAGAGUUCUGAAGACUCUGACCUCACCCCAACUGCCAAACCUGGCAUGGAAGAAGAACAUGCCUCCGCAAAACCAAGAGAACCAACAGUAACUGGACAAAAGUGGUCCCUGCAGGAUUUUGAUAUAGGAAGACCAUUAGGUAAAGGAAAGUUUGGGAAUGUAUAUCUGGCCAGAGAGAAAUCGACCAAAUAUGUUGUUGCCCUGAAGGUUCUGUUUAAGUCACAGUUACAGAAAGCAGGAGUUGAACAUCAGCUUAGACGUGAGGUAGAAAUACAGUCUCAUUUAAGACAUCCCCAUAUACUUCGUCUGUUUGGCUAUUUUCACGACAAAACAAGGGUUUAUCUUAUCCUUGAGUACGCACCAAAGGGGGAACUUUACAAAGAGCUGACAAAGAACACAAGAUUUGAAGAAAAGCGAGCAGUUGUAUAUAUAAACCAGUUGGCCAGCGCCUUGCAGUAUUGCCACAGUAAAAAGGUCAUCCACAGAGACAUCAAACCAGAAAACCUCCUUCUCGGUCAUACAGGGGACCUCAAAAUUGCUGACUUUGGCUGGUCAGUCCAUGCACCAUCAUCCAGAAGGACCACAUUAUGUGGUACUUUAGACUACCUGCCCCCAGAAAUGAUUGAGGGGAGUCUUCAUGAUGAGAAAGUGGAUCUUUGGAGCUUGGGUGUGCUAUGUUAUGAGUUCCUUGUGGGAAAACCUCCAUUUGAGGCAGCUAGUCAUGAGGAAACUUACAGGCGGAUAACAAGAGUUGAUCUUCGGUUCCCAUCAUAUGUUUCAAAUUCUGCAAGAAGUCUGAUCAGUAUGCUGCUGAAACAUGACCCUAAUCAACGAAUAUCCCUGGACAAAGUUUUGGAACAUCCCUGGAUCAAAGACAAUUUAAAUCCUACAACAUCUUAGAGUGUAUUUCUCUGAGGAAAGCUUCUUUGUGAUCAUCUGGACCCUAUUUAUUCUCAGGACUGGAGUAUAAUGCUUGUGGGCCAGUUAUAUUAACUUCUCUCUAUAUUUUGAAUAAAAGACUCAUCUUAGUUGAUACUGUAUUGUAGAAAUUGUGACGGAUGAAGAGGUAUCAUGUGAUAAUUCAUUGACAGUAUAACUGGUAGAGGCCCCUUUACAUUUGUUAUCAGUAUUCAAACUUUCAAAAGAGUUUUGAUACAAGAUACAGAUAUAGACAUGCAAACAGACAUAUAAUGUUAUUAAUGGUGGUAAUCUACUGUUUUAGGUCUUU